UCAUUGCGCCUGCGCGGCGUCUCGGGGCAGGCAAAGGGGAGCGGCGGGGCUUUGCGGCGCCUGCGCGGUGGCGACUCCGGAGGAUCUCUCGCGAGGAAGGACGCCAUUAUCGCAGCCGCCCGACCAAACACCACGAGAAUUCGGCAAGGCAAACGGAUCAGAUUUGCAUGAGCUGAUAGAACGUAUUAGGUCCAACGCUGUUGCCUGUUUCUGAAUGAUGACAGAACAGGAUUUAGCUGAUGUGGUUCAGAUUGCUGUGGAAGACUUGAACCCAGACCAUCCAGUUGUGUUGGAAAACCAUGAAGUAACAGACGAAGAUGUAGACCCACCUUUAAAGCGCCAACGGAUAGAAAUUAAUUGCCAGGAUCCCUCAAUUAAGUCGUUCCUGUAUUCCAUUAAUCAAACAAUAUGCCUGCGAUUGGAUAGUAUUGAAGCAAAGCUGUUGGCACUAGAAGCUACUUGCAAAUCCCUGGAAGAGAAACUGGACCUUGUCAUGAACAAGCAACACAGCCCUAUCCAAGUCCCCAUGGUGGCAGGUUCCCCACUUGGUGCUACGCAGACAUGCAACAAAGUGAGAUGUGUUGUGCCUCAGACCACAGUAAUACUCAACAAUGAUCGUCAGAAUUCGAUUGUAGCCAAGAUGGUUGGACAGGAAGAGCCACUGAGCAGAGCAGCGGAUUCACUGGAAAACAUCCUGAGCAAUGCUGUUCCUGGACGGCGGCAGAAUACUAUUGUGGUGAAAGUCCCGGGGCAUGAAGACAGUCACAAUGAAGACGGGGAAAGUGGCUCUGAAGCCAGUGACUCAGUUUCCAACAGUGGCCAGUUAGGAAGCCAGAGUAUUGGGAACAACGUUACCCUUAUUACACUGAAUUCUGAAGAGGAUUAUCCCAGCGGGACGUGGCUGGGGGAUGAAAACAACCCUGAGAUGCGGGUGCGUUGCCCCAUCACGCCAGCGGACAUGCUCCACAUUAGCACCAAUUGCCGCACUGCUGAGAAGAUGGCGCUGACGCUGCUUGAUUACCUCUUCCAUCGGGAAAUCCAGGCCAUCUCCAACCUUUCAGGGCAGGGAAAGCAUGGGAAGAAACAACUAGAUCCUCUCAUGAUUUAUGGCAUCCGUUGUCACCUUUUCUAUAAGUUUGGAAUCACAGAGUCUGACUGGUACCGGAUCAAGCAGAGCAUAGACUCUAAAUGCCGAACAGCUUGGCGGCGAAAACAGCGAGGCCAGAGUCUUGCAGUGAAAAGCUUUUCAAGACGUACACCUUCCUCAUCCUCUUACAGCGGCUCAGAGAGUGCUCAGGGUACAUCAUCAGCCCCAAAUGAAAUACAGGCCAGCCAGCCACAAGCGCUUCACUAUGCUCUGGCCAAUGCCCAGCAAGUCCAGAUCCACCAGAUAGGAGAAGAUGGCCAAGUCCAAGUAAUCCCACAGGGUCACCUCCACAUAGCCCAGGUGCCACAAGGAGAGCAGGUCCAGAUCACGCAAGACAGCGAGGGUAACUUGCAGAUACAUCAGGUUCAUGUUGGACAAGAUGGGCAGGUGCUACAGGGUGCUCAGUUGAUUGCCGUUGCGUCUUCUGAUCAUGCAGCUGGUGGCGUUGAUGGAUCUCCACUCCAGGGGAGUGAUAUCCAAGUCCAGUAUGUGCAGCUGGCGCCAGUGACAGACCACUCAGCUGCUAAUCAAAAUACAGAUUCUCUUCAGUCAGCCAUCCAGCCAGAAAUGCAGAUAGACCAUGGAGCCAUUCAGAUUCAGUGAAACAGAGUCAGUGGGGGGGCGGCAGCAGCAGCAGACUCUGCUCCAGUCACCUUGGCUGGCAGCUGAAGAUUCCAGCCAAGGAGCAUGUGCAUGAGAGCUUCUCAGCCUAGAGGAUGUUCUCACCACCCCCUCCUGUGCAUAAGAGCGUGAGCCAGCUCCAGUGAACUUGCUGUCAAAUGAAGGUGCUCUCCAGAAUCCCCAGCGCAGAUGAAGAGCUGCCAUCAUUUUCACUCCAGUACAAAAGACUCCUAAUAGAUGUGGUUUAGCCAUACCUGGAAGAAAAAGAACAUUUUGCAGAAGAUGAAAGCUAGCUAAACUUAAUUAAUCAAAAGAUAAUACAUGAAUUAAUGUACCACCUUUCAUCUCUGUCUCAUCCUCGUAAACAUCUCUAGAUACUUUAUCAGACACUUGCCUGUCUUGCAGUGCAUACUUUACCACACAAAGAAUCAAGAGUGCAAAUAUAUUUUGCUGUUGAAAGAAGAAUUUUUUUAAUUUGCUAUGUUUGUAAUAAAAAAAGAUGUAUUUAAGAAAGAAAAUGAGGGAAAGGCCCAUUUUCACAAAUGUUAGCUUUUUUGCUGCCGUUUUUUCUUCUGUUAAAGUGUAAUCAAAAAGAAUUUGCAGAAAAAGAAAAAGGGGGAAAAACUCACACAUACAACCCUUGCCUUUUUUGUUGAUAUUGUUGCUUAACUACUUUUCUAAAGAGGGAGAAAUGACUAUCCAACACUGUAAUUAUGCAUUUCUAAAGAAAUAAAUGUGUAUUUAUGA